CUGGAAGAGGGAAGACGUGUAGUUCUCGCGUUUGCCACUGCUGGCGUUAACAUCAGUGGUUCUACACCGCUGUAUAGAACGUGUUAAGUCGCGAGUGAUGACGAUUAUUGUGUAAUUCUUCUUGUUCCGUUUGUUAUUUUGUGUUUAUUAUCGUGUUAUAGGCUGGUAAUUUCAUUUGUCAAGUUUAAAUAUUUAUUAAAUCAUUUCCAUUAAUAUUUUUUCAUAAUAAAAAACACCAUGGACUUUCAAAGCGCUAUGGAAACAUUCGCUGAAGCAUGGGUUGCUGCCAACACUAAAGGAGGAAGUUUAAGUGAAGUUGGAUGUUCGCAGACUCAAGCCAUGGCACUCACAAACAGGGGUUGCAGGACACCACCUGCUUCAACCCCGCCACCCCCUCAAGCACAUCGGGCACCAGAACCGCCGCCCCCACCCGUCAGGACGCCGCCGCCAACGCCUCCCCAGCAAGAGGCAGCUCUACACCCCUCCCCCAAAGAAAGCUACGAACUCUCGAAAUCAAACAGUGGCAAGUCUCUCCCAGUGCAUUGCGUCGUGGAGGCCGUGUCUGCACUGGAAGACUCGCGACUAAUGUGGAGACGGAAGCCAGUCGUCGAGACGGACAGCUACGUCAUCAUACCCGUCAACACGGCGUUCCAGGACCUCGUGCAGGUCGCGUUGCAUAGACUGGGAUACCCCAGGGACAGUGCUUCGGCGGCGAAAGGUUCAGUUGUGAUCAAAAACUGGAAGCCACUGAGUUUCGAAAAGAUAGCGGAGGGCCCGACCGUUACUGUGGGAGAUAUCUUGGGAGAGCUGACGACUGUAGCAACACUCCGGAUACAGCUCUAUAGGGCGCGGCCAAGCAUCCUGUCUGAUAUUAAGGACAAAUUACUACGCCUCCUCCUUGCGCAGUCCCAUGGCCUCCUGUUGUCCUCAGGUUGUCCCCUGGACGAGAUUACACUGUCGCAUUUAUGUCGGAGUCCUCACUCCGCUCCAGGCAACCAUGUUCCGGAACCAAGCGAAGAAUGCCGACGGAAGUUUGAACAGUGGUGGACCCUGCAACUGACCCAGCAGCAACACCAACACCACGGCACCCAGCACCAUUCGACGCCCCGACCACAGUCCGGCCCCCAGUACAGCCCUGGGGGCAGUAGUCACCACAUCUCAACCCCUAACAAAUUACUGGAUAGGCCACCCUCGCUGCCCGAAAGCGUCCAUCCAGCACUGCAGACUGUUCAGAGUCAGUAUCCCACACAGAAGACUCGAAUGAGGACGAGUUUCGACCCAGAACUAGAACUGCCCAAACUACAAAGGUGGUUCGCGGAGAAUCAGCACCCAAGUCGUCAACAGAUCCAGCAGUAUGUGAAGGAACUAAACGGACUGGAAUCUAGGAGGGGCAGAAAACCCCUGGACAUCAACAAUGUCGUCUACUGGUUCAAGAACGCACGUGCAGCGCAGAAACGCGCGGAGUUGCGCAGUGUGGGCCCAGGCCUGCCUUGCCACAUUUCCCUCAACGGAUAUAACAGCAGUAGCCACAGUCCAACCCACGCGGGAAGCUUAAUGUUGGGGCAGGAGGGACUUCUGCCCCCGGGUAUCAAGAGCCCCAGUACGCCUCUGAACAGCCCCACGCGGGGCCAACUCUUUCUAUCAGACCAUCAAUCAGAAAACUCAAACGACCCGGCAGUGACCAGUGAUCAAGAAGACGAAGACGAUAAUCUACGACUUGACCCAAGAAUUGAUAUUACCGAGCAUCGAGGCGACCCACGAGAUGACCUCAGGGCGGCAGAGGACAGGGAGCCAGACAGCCCCACUGCGCCCCUGUCUCUCACAACGAAUGAUAAGGGUAGCACUGGGACGUCACCCAAACCCAGCAACUUACCAGAGAUGGGUGGGAUUAAGCAGGAACCACCAGACGAAAUUACAUCAUCUCUGUCCAGUAACAACAACAAUAAUAAUAACAAUAAUAGGAAUAAUAAGGAUUGUGAAGAGAUAUCCGAUGUGGAUGAAGAUGAAGAUGAUGAAGACCCAGAUGAUUUAGAGGAAAGGAGGAAUAAGGAGGAGAUUGACCACGAUGAAGAAGAGAUAGGUACAAUGCAUCCAGCUAGGAUUGGAGAUCUAAGCCGUCAACAGGAGAGGCUACAUUCCUUUCGUAGCCCUAGCCCUUCGGACAUGAUCGUGGCAGCUCGGGGUCCACCCAGUGGGGGCCCCCCAAACCUAGACCGCCUAGCAGCAGCAGGCUUUCCUCUGGUGCCCAAUUCAAUGUUCUCUCAUAGCAUCAUGUACAUGAGUCACUACAUACCUAGCUUAGCCCACCAGCACCACGGACAUCAUGGCCUCGGACCAGCUACGCCACCCUCAUCCUCCGGCGGUCUCAAUCUGUCUGCCCUAGCAGCUUCAGCAGAUGAAAGAAGGAAACGAAAUAGAACAUUUAUAGAUCCAGUAACAGAAGUGCCAAGACUAGAACAGUGGUUUUCUCUCAAUACACACCCCUCACAUAACCUGAUUCUCAAGUACACGGAGGAACUGAACCGAAUGCCGUAUCGACAAAAAUUUCCAAGAUUAGAACCAAAGAACGUGCAAUUCUGGUUUAAGAAUCGAAGAGCUAAGUGCAAACGACUGAAGAUGUCGCUGUUUGAGACGCCGCAAUCGGCAGCUGUAUUAAAUCAUCAUCAACUGCCAUAUCAUCAGUCACCAGGUAGUGAUCCUUUGCAUAAUAGAGAUUAAUUAUUGUUUUAAGACGAUGAGAAUGUAAUUUACAAAGACUUUGAUGAUAUGACCCUUCCCCUUCCUUCUUCGUUUUGUUCGUGCAUAUCCAUUUUUUGGAAGGUUUGUGCUUCUGGGUUGGAUUUAUUUUAAGUUUGAAAGAAAUCAGUGAACAAAAGCUGUUCUUUCGUCUCUCAAUAAUUAUAAUUCUUUGUGGCUUUACAACGACAGAAGUUGUAGCCAUCAAGGAGACUUUAAAAUUUAAAUGAGCUAACUCGAUGAAAGAACAAAAUAGUGGUAAAUAAUCUUUUAAAUGGUACCUCAAUUUCCAUAAAAAAAAUCAUUAGUUCAUGAAGUGUCAUUUUUGGUUGUUCUGAAAAUCUUGACUUAGCCAGGGGUGUCAGAAGUAUGUGACACAAGAGGGAUAUUUGGCCCAUUUAAAUACAUCGCUCCGUUUCUUAGUGUUUACAUCUUCAGAUUUAACCUGUUUAUUGCCAAUUAUUGUGCAACAGGCUGUAACAAAUUGUAAGGCUGAUUCAUAAAUAUUAAAUAACACUUAGCAAAUAUAUGUCUGCCAAGAAGAUAAAAUGGAGAAAUUACUGAAAAUGAAAAAAAAAUUGCAUAUUUUAAUAGACUUACAGAAAUUAUGCAACGUAGGAAACCAGCCAGAUCAAACUCUUUCAAACCUAGUAAAAUCUUUCUGAAGGUUAACUGCUAUAAAAGGAUCAGAAAUUAUUAAAAAUAACAUAUUUUGCAUGGUUUUGCUAUCUUGCAAUAAUAAAAAACAGGAAAAAAAACACCUCUAAUCAUCAGUCAGAUCAUCAUAUCAUGACCUGAUAUAACCUGUGAUUUCAGCUUUGUUGGUUAACUGGCAACCAAAGGAUUUUGCUCUUUGAAAAUCUUCAUAUCUAAUUGAAGAUAAAAUAUAAGUCGUUUGGUCGUGCUUCUGGACUAUUUCUUGUAGAACAGCAGUAAGGAGUGUUUAUACUGGACAUGUUGUGUGUUGACAGAUUUAUUCAUUAAGAUUUCAUUAAUUUUUGGGAUUUGUUUUGUUGAUAGUCUAUUAUUGUUCAAAAGAUUCGUUGUGUUUUCUUUUAGGUAAGAAGCAACAUUUGUAAGUAAUAUUGUGAUUAAUUUUAUCAUGUAAUUGAGUAAAUGAGGUGGGAGAGCUCAGGUGAUUGGCUACGGAUUGGAUAGACUGAGUUCUGUUCCCAGCAGAGGGUGACGGAGAACGUAAGCUCCUCUAAAAUGUCAGUCAGUACCUACCAUUUUGUAUGAUUCAACAUUUCAGAAGACAGACUUCUUUAGUUUUCAUCUGUUUAUCCUGAAGCUAGUGAGAAUUUAAGACAUAUUAUGUUUUGUAAGAUUUGA